UGCUAUCGUCAGCGCCGCCGAGACGCCAUGGGCUGUGACCAGAGUAAGACCGUCGCCGAGCAGAGCCACGGGCAACAGUCUCCUGAUAUUCAGCGAUCAGGGUCGCCCGUGUGCAGCUGCUGUGCUGAUUGUAGUUCAAUGGGACAGGACGCCACUCAAGUUGGUACUACUUGGUAUUGCUUCCUUUAUCUGCUCCUCCUCCUCCUCCUCCUCAUUACAGUAGAAGAUGAGGAAGGCAGAAGCCAAAGUCCAAAGAAAGCGCCUCUGAACAUCAAGGUGAAGGUCUCUGGGAAGCGCGAGACCGACGAGAUUGUGGACGAUUACGGCGGGGUGCCCGUCGCCAUCCCCGUGAAGGGCCGAACCACUCCGGGCGGCGAAGGACACGCCGAGAUCGGGGGGAGAGUCAAGGACGGGCGACACUCGGAGGGAGGGAAGUCGUGGAAGGAGCAGGAGCCUUCGGUCAAGGAGGCCGAGGAAGGUCAGGCCCUGGAGGAGCAGCCGCCCAACAAGGAGUACUUCCUGGAGUCCAGAGCUGCCCCCAGCGCGCCGUCGUCGGUGGGCACCCCGGACGUGGACAGUCAGCCGUCCGUGGCGAGCUACGCCUUUGAGCCCGAACUGAGCCACGUGCCGAGCGCGGACUCCGCAGAGGGUGAGGGCGCCGCGCGCUCGCCCGCCUCCGACGGCUACCUGGAGGACGACGACGACGACGAACUCUUUGAGUCAGAGCUGGACUUCUGUAGCUCGAGCUUCUCGAAAGGCAGCACCUCGCUGGAGGAGGGCGACAGGCUGGCGGGCAGCGCCCUGCACAAGCGGAGGUACAGGAACGCCAACGAGUGGAAAAAGAAAGUCACCUUAGACACGGAGCGCGAGGUGCGCCUGGAGCGCGAGGCCAAUGUGGCCGUCCUCAAGGCGCUGGUGCACAGGUGCAUCCUCAUCAAGAAGCACCUGCUGGACAAAGAGACCCUCAGCGACCUGCAGUGAGCCCCCUCUGUGCCCUCCCCCAUUGUCUAAUGUAAUCUCCUUUGAACCCUCGGACCGCCUCGCUCUCGUUUUUUUUUUUAUUUCUGCAUUCAACACACUUGGCCCCCCUGAGCUCAUCACCCUGGUAUAUUGGUUGGAAUGGCUUAUAGCGCCUUUCACACGUGUAGAGCCCCUUUAGUCCAUCUCUACUGCACGUACACUGGUCGUGGUGGCAUGUAGCGCCUUACGCUUAUUUUCAGGGAAAGUCACUGUAUGCAAAUGGUGGUUGUGAGAUGAGCCUUCGGGACAAUCGAGUGCCCAUCAGCGUGUCACUUUGCAGCGCUCGGCCGGUGGGCAGCGGUAGUGGCAGUUGAGCCCUGGUUUCACAUGGACUUCAGAUGUGAGCAGUGCCAGGCGUGUGCCCUCGGGUUGAAUGGCGAAAUCAGCUUUGCCAGUCUCGUGCCUUGGGACUGACUGUGUGAACCCUCUUGGCUCAAGUCCUGUUUUCUGUGUUGUGGAAAGCAGCCCGGGCACAGACGGGCGGAAACAACCCAGUGCCCCUAUCCAGGGUUGAGCCCCCUCGUGGUCCGGCCGCUCGCCACAGUGUCUAUAUAGCGCCUUGCACAGUCUGUACUGCCUGCAGCUCCUCUCAGGCGUCUCCAGGGCAAAAGUACGAUCAGUCGAGAUAUAUAGCGCCUUUCACCGCCACACAGCAUUUGAACUCUUCGACACACAGGUCAGGUCUGAGCGGGUGAGGUGGGCGCCCUCGGGUGGAAUGGCAUCAUGGCCAGAAAGCAGGUUAUAUAGCGCCUCGCCCUGGGAGGGGAGUCUCCUGGACUGGAUUGUGCCCGUCGUACGUGCGUCUUGGUGACGCGCCCCUCUGCACAUUCGGGCGCCUUUCACCACCUCAGUAGCAGCACGGUGCCCAGCUUCAGUUUCCCACUUGGAGUUUUCAUGAUGUGGUGGUGGCCCCCGUCUGAUUGGUAAGCUGUGCUGGCGUGUCAGACAGGUGCCCACUGGUUGAAUGGCAUCCCAUCAGCAUGUCGGAAGUGGGACUGGAAUUUGAAUGGAAGGAGCAAACAGUUGAGACCUUCUGGCUUCUUCAAGUCACUUCAGGCCUUUCACACUCGCAAGGCACUCGUCAGUGUGUAUGAAGUAAAGGCUCGCGGUCAUAUAGCGCCUUUCACGACUCGUACGCUCCUGCUUUAUUUAUUUACAUUUCAAUAGAACUCUUGGCACUUUACAGCCCCCCGCUGGCGGGCAGCAGCAGCAGAUUUGGGCCCCCCUGGUGUUUUCGUGGCGCCUCUGUGGGUUUCUUGAUGGUCUCUGGCGACACUCGUCCCGUGAAUUGGAUGAAUAAAGCAAAC